AUGCCACUUUUUAGUUUCGAUGAAGACUUCAAAUUACUUAGAGUGAAUGAUACAUGUGCCAUUAUAGAUGAUGGAUCUCAGGAUGAUGAUAGGGAUUCGUUUGAUAAUGAGGUUCAACCGGCAUCUGGCUUAAGUACUAUGAAUUUGCCCUUGCACAAGAACCAAUUCCGUAUGGAUUUAUCUGCUUUACCACCGAAUACAUACGAAGAAGAGGCACUAAUUUCAGAUACAGAAGAACAAGCCGAAAUGAUGUCAGGCUUUUUAGUACCACCAGAUUCUGGUGAGUCCAAGCAAUCUCAGACGAAGGAACCAGCUAGGAGGAGGUCCUCCCUCUACAAUAAAUUCGUAGUGAAUCCUGCUCAGCAUACGAUUAGGUUAUCAUUGAAUGCUCAAGGAGAUAGUGAUAAGGAAACUCGAGAUGUACUCUCGGUUUCUUCGGUCGAAGAAACCAGACAACUUAGAGCAUCCAGCUUCUCUAAGACUGGGGCACCAAGAGUAUUGGAUGAUUUUGUACCAAUUAGAUGCCUAGGAGAAGGCGCUUACGGAAAAGUGCUAUUGGUGAAGGACUCACUGUCAUCGAAAUUGUAUGCCAUGAAACAAUUGAAGAAGGCUGAAAUUUUAAUUUCGGAAGACUCUAUAGAAAAGGACGCCAAUACUACAGUUGAAAAGAGGAUAGAAAGGACAUUUGCUGAGCGGACUAUAUUAUCGCAGUUAGAACAUCCCAAUAUAGUGAAAUUGUUCUAUUCGUUCCACGACAAUCAUAAAUUGUACUUGGUACUACAAUACAUUCCUGGUGGAGAGCUCUUUUAUCAUUUAAAAGAACAGGGAACCUUGGAUGAAGGUACAGUUGCGUUUUAUGCUGCAGAAUUGAGUUGUGCUCUAAAAUUUUUGCAUUCUAAGGGAAUAGUUUACAGAGACUUGAAACCAGAAAACUGUCUAUUAAAUGAAAGAGGACAUCUAGUGUUGACUGAUUUUGGAUUAUCCAAGAAAAGUGUUUUUGAUGAUGCUGCCACACCAGAAGAAGGAGAGAACGUAAAUCAGCUUUAUUCCAUUAUAGGUACUCCAGAAUACUGUGCUCCAGAGAUAUUAGCAGGAGAACCUUACACUCAGAAUUGUGACUGGUACUCUUUAGGUUGCCUAGUAUACGAUAUGCUAAUUGGUAAACCACCAUUUACAGGAGUUAACCAUAAAAUUAUAUUAAACAAAAUUAAGCAAGAGAAAACUGGUGCUAGAAUACCAAGUUACUUAAGCGAUGGAUUCAAAGAUUAUCUCGGUGCAUUGUUGAGAAAAGAUCCCACAAAAAGAUGGGAUGUUGAUAAAUAUUGGGCCCAAGAUGGUCCUAAAACGAAGAAAAAGAAAGCUGGUCAAGCUAAAACGACUAAUUAUAUUGGUCAUUUCAUUUUCAGGAAAAUAAUCUGGAAACAGCUUUUAAGCGGUGACCUGCAAAAGAUUUCAGUAGGACCUAUCUUACCGAUAAUCACUGAUUGGGAACUUGCUGAAAACUUUGAUACAGAAUUUACGGAGAAAAGGCUAGACACCAGUAUUUAUGAUAAUGGCAUAGAGAUUAACAACCCUCGUGCAACGAAAGAAUCCGCCUUUGCAGGAUCUACGGAUUAUUUUAAGGGGUUUAGUUAUGUUGCUAGUCGGAGCUACUUGGAAAGACACUUUUAA